UACAAUAUUAUAGAACGUUUUGACGUUAUGGCUGUGAAAUCCUGUGGAACCAGGUUUAAAGGGCUUUGACUUUGAGUUUCGUUUCUCCGGAAGCGUGACUGACGCCCAAUUGCAAAUUGGGUGAGGUGAGGAUCAUAUAAUAUAAUUUCCCCGACCGAAACACGAUGUCGUCUGUCGUGUCUCGAUAUGUAACACAAAUUCUGUGUGGAAAUCAAGGAUGCUUGGACUUCAAGCAGCUUGACCGGAUCGUUGGUCAAAAGUUCACUGUUGCAGAUGACGUCCUGCUUGGAAUACUUUGUGACAGAGGAAAAUAUGCCAUCAGUAAAGGCGAAGGAAAGGCCUCGCGUCUCGCUAUGAGCCAGAACAGUGUUAUUGUUGCAAAGACUUCACUGCGAGUCUGUCAAAGCCCUCCUGGCGAUUGUCUUCAUUGCGAGAACUUACACUUGUGCAGAUACUUUGUAUGCGGUAACUGCAGGUUCGGGAACAAGUGCAAAAAUGCCCACAGUCUAGAUUCCCCACACAACACAGCUCUUAUAAGGAGUGUGGAUCACCAUGAGCUGGGGGAGGCAGAGCUGUUUCCACUACUGCUGCAGAACGACCCCUACCUGAUGCCUGAGAUCUGCUCCCAUUACAACAAGGGUGUUGGUGAGCACGGCUCCUGCAAGUUUAAAACCAGUUGCACCAGCCUCCACCUCUGCCUGCACUUCCUCCAGGGAGACUGUAAGUUUGGUGCUGGAUGUAAGAGGGCCCACACAUUUGACGCCACCACCAUGAAGAUCCUAAAUGGCAGAGGAUUCAGCCAAGAGAACAUCAGCAUCCUCGACAAGAUCUACAAUAACAAAUUCAUCAUCAUCGGUCAGAGUCACGAAGAAAAGCCAUCUGUUGUAGGACCCUCCCCUGCUCCAGCCAUAGAGCCAGUUGGGAAAGAGCGUUCUCGUAAGCCUUCGUCCCGUUCCAUCAGUGAGACCGACCGGAAUGAAAUCUGCCUCUUCUUCAUCCGCAGACACUGCAGCUUCAAAGAGAAGUGUGUCCGUAUCCACUACCACCUGCCUUACAAAUGGCAGAUCUUAGAGAGAGAUGGAGUGACUUGGAGAGACCUGCCCAAUGUGGAGGAGAUUGAAAAGGCCUACUGUAUCCCAGGAAAAGAUACAAGUGGAGGUGUCCAGCCAGUGAACUUCCUCACCAUGACGUGUGGAAGGUCUCCAGUGCGUCGUCUGUCCACUGUGUCGUCCGUCACCAAACCUCCUCACUUCAUCCUUACCACAGAAUGGCUGUGGUACUGGUCGGGUGAGCUGGGACAGUGGAUAGAGUAUGGCCAGGAGAUGUAUGAUGAUAAGGGGAAAGUGGCCUCUGUCACCUCCAAGACCCUGGAGAAUGUAUACCAAGCUGACUCGGACAGCGAGAUUCCAUUUGGAUCUGACCAUAACCAGUACAUUCUCUAUUUCAAAGAGAUGUAUCAGCAGAAUGUUAGAUUCAAAACCAAAAGAGAGGUUCGUAGGAGACCCUGCUUUCUCUCUGGACAGGAUGUGGAGGCCAAGCUGAAGAGUGGAUCUCCAGAGAGCACCAGCUCUUCUACUGUGUCUGUCCCUCCACACUGGGACAAGGAAGCCCUGCCUGACUUCACAUACAAGCUGGUUCCAGUCUUAGGCCUGAUGACAGAGUACCAAAUGGUGCAGAGUCUGUUCAAACGUACCAUGUCCACCAGCACCAUCCACAAAAUCAACAGGAUCCAGAACCCCUCACUCUGGAGGGUCUUCCAGUGGCAGAAGGAACAGAUGAAGGUGAAGAAUGGAGGGAAACUUGUGGAUGAGAGACACUUGUUCCACGGCACAGAACUGCCGAUCUUAGAUGCCAUCUGUGAACAGAACUUUGACUGGAGGGUCUGUGGCAUCCAUGGAUCACAUUACGGCAAAGGAAGCUAUUUUGCCAGAGAUGCCUCGUACUCUAAUAGAUACUCCAAGUCUUCGGCCUCUGGCAAGAAAAUCAUGUUUGUGGCUCUGGUGCUGGUCGGGGAGUUCACUAAGGGAAACAGGGACUACCUUCGCCCCCCUCAGAAAGGCACCAGCAAGAGGUUCUACGACAGCUGUGUCGACUCCGAAAGCAACCCGGCCAUUUUUGUUGUGUUUGAGAAACAGCAGAUUUACCCAGAAUUCAUCAUUGAGUACUCCUAGAAUCCACAGUAGUGCGUAGCAUCAUGUUUUUAUGGAAAUGAGUAAUUGUGUGGUAAUCAAGUAUGUUUUUAGACACGUUGAAAAUGCAUCUAUUAUUGUGGUGGGAGAAAAUUAUUUGAAAAUCAUUCUUCAGAAUAUAAAAACAGUUUAGGUGUUUCUUUUACUGGGUUCAAAACUACUGUUUUGGUGACUUAUACCAAGGUCAAAGGAUUUAGUACCAAUGAAUGUGUAAAGGCCCUAUGUAACCAGAUGUGUACGAUUUUUAUUAUGAUGACUUGGUUUUUUUCUCUCAGGUAGAUGAAACAUCAACCUUAUUCCUGUAAUACGAAAGUACAAUAUGUGGUGUACCAUACACAAAACAUUACUUUUGAUUUAAUUUUUUAUAAAGUAGUUGAGUAAUUUCUUCAAAGUGUAAAAUAUAUAAAUGUCUUGUCAGUAAAACAAAAAAGCAUUUUUUUUCAUCACAUGGCAUUACUAUAGCAUACUGUUAUCUGUAUAACUUCCAAAGUUACAGUGUGCACAUACUGGAAUAAAACUUUAUUAAUGAGGUGUCCCAUUUCAACAUGUAUUUCACCUUUGCAUGUACUCUUCCAUGGCAUGUCAUUUUCCCUUUCAAUCAUAAAAAGAUUUUCUUAAAUUA